UCCCAGCAAAUCAAAGAUUAUUAUGAGCCAUAAAAAUAAAAUGGUUUCUCAAAAGAUCUAACUUGAGAAGAGGACGACAACGACGACACAUGACUCCAUUAUCUCGUUCCUUCUCAUCUUGAGACUGUUCCACCUCCAACAGCCAUGACCUCGCCGACGCUCUUUCCAUCCACCGCCGCUUACCGCUCUCUACCCUUACCUAUGCACGCCACGCCAUUAGGUGUACCGAUUAAUAUAACUUCUACAAGGAAGGUAGCCAGAGCUGCUUUAGUAGAGGCCAGACCGCGUUCCGUCCAAGUUAUUACAGCCGAACCGGCUUCCUUGAAUGGGAACGCCGUAAUUACGACCGCUUCUGGAAGCUCCGUAAUUCCGUCUUAUAAGGAUCGAACUGAGGAAGUUCAAGCCGAGGCUAAAGCUCUGACUCGCGCUGUAAAUGCAUCCGUCUAUAAUGCGGAAAUUCUUUCUGCCAAAUACAAACGUCUUCCAAUUAAGGUAUUCAGGAGGACUUUUGAGAUUUUUUGGGGAAUUGGUUCGUUUGCAUUCAAAUUGUGGCUAGAUCAGCUUAACGGUCAGUUAGUACUGAAGCAAAAAGUUCGGGCUGUUGAGCUACGAGGGAUUCUGACUAGAUUGGGACCAACUUUUGUUAAAAUUGGACAAGGUUUGUCUACCAGACCUGACCUUUGUCCGCCUGAGUACCUCGAAGAGCUUUCUGAACUUCAGGAUGCUUUGCCAACUUUUCCAGAUGCAGAAGCUUUUGCAUGCAUUGAGAAAGAGUUGGGACUCCCUCUUGACUCUAUGUACUCAGAAAUAUCUCCAUCUCCAAUUGCUGCCGCCAGUUUGGGUCAGGUUUAUAAAGCACAAUUAAAGUAUUCCGGCCAGAUUGUUGCCGUCAAGGUGCAGCGCCCUGGUAUUGAAGAAGCAGUUGGACUUGACUUUUAUCUAAUAAGAGGUCUAGGAUCACUUAUAAAUAAAUAUGUUGAUAUAAUUUCCAGUGAUGUUGUAGCCCUUGUUGAUGAAUUUGCUCGUAGAGUUUAUCAAGAGCUUAAUUAUGUCCAGGAGGGACAGAAUGCGAAGAGAUUUAAAACGUUAUAUGCUGACAAGGAAGAGGUCCUUGUCCCUGAUAUCUUCUGGGAUUAUACGAGUGGAAAAGUGUUGACAAUGGAUUGGGUUGAGGGGGUAAAACUGAAUGAACAGGCGGCUAUUGAAAGACAGGGAUUGAAAGUUUUGGAUUUGGUGAAUGUUGGUAUUCAAUGUAGCCUUAGACAACUGCUUGAGUAUGGAUACUUCCAUGCUGAUCCUCAUCCUGGCAAUCUCUUGGCAACACCAGACGGAAAACUUGCCUUUCUUGAUUUUGGAAUGAUGAGUGAAACCCCUGAAGAAGCAAGGUCUGCUAUUAUUGGUCAUGUUGUUCACAUGGUGAAUCGAGAUUAUGAAGCUAUGGCACGUGAUUACUAUGCGUUAGAUUUCUUGUCGCCUGAUGUAGAUGUUACUCCAAUUGUACCAGCACUUCGGGCCUUUUUUGACGAUGCACUUAAUUCAACUGUGAGUGAACUUAACUUCAAAACGAUAGUUGACGGUCUUGGUGCAGUUCUAUACCAAUAUCCAUUUAAUGUCCCAGCUUAUUAUGCUUUGAUACUGAGGUCACUUACGGUUCUAGAAGGGUUGGCCUUAUAUGCUGAUCCUAAUUUCAAAGUAUUGGCUGCUUCAUAUCCAUAUUUUGCAAAAAGACUCCUCACAGAUCCCAAUCCCUAUCUCAGAGAUGCUCUUAUUGAGUUACUCUUUAAAGAUGGAAGAUUCAGAUGGAAUAGACUAGAAAAUCUACUUGUUCAGGGGAAGAAGGAUAAGGAUUUCUCUGCAAAAGAGGCUUUACAACCUGUUCUGAAGCUAUUACUAGGGCCAGAUGGUGAAUCACUCCGGGUUUUGGUUGUAAAAGAAGCCACUCGGGUUACAGAAGCUUUUGUUCUGGGCUCAAUUAUAGACAGUUACACAUACAUACCUCCGUUCAUGAGGUCUAUUGUCUUUAAUGGGAGUACCACUGGACCUGUUCUGAUGAAUGAUGCUGAACGAGAAACCAUGAUGGAUUUGAGGGAACAGGUCUCAAGAAUAUGGAGCCUCCUCCGAUCCUCACAGAAUUUUGAUCCUGCCCUUUUGCAGCCUAUAUUGCAGGUCAUUCAAGAGCCCGAGGCACGAAUGCUUGGUGGUCUUGUAAUUGGUGGAAUAACUCAGCGUCUGGGAGCUCGUUUGUUGCAACAAAUGCUGCGAGUUCCGACACCAGUUCCUUCAUCAGCUUCUUCAUGAGAAUAUGGUAACCGAUUUAAGCUAACCUUACAUUCAUGUAAAGUAAAUCAUUUACCAAACGAAGUUAUAUAAUAUUAAUAAAGUAAAGGAAAAAUUUAUUCAAA